AUGAAACUUCCCCUUAUGGCUUUGGUCGCGUACGGCGCUUUUAUCGCCAGCGCUUCUGCAUCCUACAUCGUUAAGAGGGAUGACUCCAUUUCAUGCGAUGUGAAUAAGUGCAUUGCUUUCUACUCAACUGGUAGUGCACAGUGCUCCUCUGGCUACAAGAGAACUCAUCUUGACGUUGAUGGUUACUCGCCUGGCUCCUACUGUGAGAGAAGCUGUAAAGACAGCGAACGGAAGUCUUGCGCGGCAAGGAAAUGUACGGACUGGGAGAACGAGUGCAACAACACUCCCCAAGGGAAAGGUGUUUGCAAAGAAGCUAUCGAUUGGUGCGAUGGUCCAGUAGCGAUGAGCCAGCUUAUCUGCACGGAUAAGAUCAUGGGACAGCCUGUGAAGUAUGAGAAAGACGCGUGUCUUCCAAAGGAUAAGUCCCUGGAUUCUCGUUCUUACCACAAGGCCAAGCCAGGACCAGGGGGCCGGUUCAUCGCUGUUGUCAAGGACGAAAAAAGAAGAACGGUUACGUUCAGUACGUUUGCGAGCCAGUCCACUACUCCGACGGCAAUAGCAUGGCGAAAGACCUCGCGGCGAAAUACAGCACCUGCGAGUCUGUUUUCGACGAAAACGACAAUGACCAAGGCCGGGACUUCAUCAGAGUGGAUUGCAGCAAUAUCCCAGAGGCUAAGUGGCCGCAGGUGA